AUGGUUCUUACCCGUUCACCGCCUCUCACCUGGUUCGCUCCCUGCUGUAGCGCCGCCACCUCUUCAGGCAAGAAGAAGAAGAAGAAGAAGAAGAAGAAGAAGAAGAAGAAGAAGAAGAAGAAGAAGAAGAAGAAGAAGAAGAAGAAGAAGAAGAAGAAGAAGAAGAAGAAGAAGAAGAAGGAGGAGGAGGAGGAGGAGGAGGAGGAGGAGGAGGAGGAGGAGGAGGAGGAGGAGGAGGAGGAGGAGGAGGAGGAGGAGGAGGAGGAGGAGGAGGAGGAGGAGGAGGAGGAGGAGGAGGAGGAGGAGGAGGAGGAGGAGGAGGAGGAGGAGGAGGAGGAGGAGGAGGAGGAGGAGGAGGAGGAGGAGGAGGAGGAGGAGGAGGAGGAGGAGGAGGAGGAGGAGGAGGAGGAGGAGGAAGAGAAGAAGAAGAAGAAGAAGAAGAAGAAGAAGAAGAAGAAGAAGAAGAAGAAGAAGAAGAAGAAGAAGAAGAAGAAGAAGAAGAAGAAGAAGAAGAAGAAGAAGAAGAAGAAGAAGAAGAAGAAGAAGAAGAAGAAGAAGAAGAAGAAGAAGAAGAAGAAGAAGAAGAAGAAGAAGAAGAAGAAGAAGAAGAAGAAGAAGAAGAAGAAGAAGAAGAAGAAGAAGAAGAAGAAGAAGAAGAAGAAGAAGAAGAAGAAGAAGAAGAAGAAGAAGAAGAAGAAGAAGAAGAAGAAGAAGAAGAAGAAGAAGAAGAAGAAGAAGAAGAAGAAGAAGAAGAAGAAGAAGAAGAAGAAGAAGAAGAAGAAGAAGAAGAAGAAGAAGAAGAAGAAGAAGAAGAAGAAGAAGAAGAAGAAGAAGAAGAAGAAGAAGAAGAAGAAGAAGAAGAAGAAGAAGAAGAAGAAGAAGAAGAAGAAGAAGAAGAAGAAGAAGAAGAAGAAGAAGAAGAAGAAGAAGAAGAAGAAGAAGAAGAAGAAGAAGAAGAAGAAGAAGAAGAAGAAGAAGAAGAAGAAGAAGAAGAAGAAGAAGAAGAAGAAGAAGAAGAAGAAGAAGAAGAAGAAGAAGAAGAAGAAGAAGAAGAAGAAGAAGAAGAAGAAGAAGAAGAAGAAGAAGAAGAAGAAGAAGAAGAAGAAGAAGAAGAAGAAGAAGAAGAAGAAGAAGAAGAAGAAGAAGAAGAAGAAGAAGAAGAAGAAGAAGAAGAAGAAGAAGAAGAAGAAAACCCUGAAAGAGGGAGAAGAAUGGAUCCCCGUGCUCUUAAGGGGAGAUGAGAAACAUCGAAUGGACGGCACAAAGCGCGGACAGCCAAGGUGGAGCAGAGAGAGAGGGCACUUGACUGGACCCCGCUGCAUGAAGGGCAGAUGA